CUGUUAAAUCUAUCAAUAUUGUACACAAACAAUCAAUUCUUAUUAAACCUAAUUCACAACCCCAAUCCAUCUCAUUUCAUCCAUCUCUGUUGCUUUUCGUCUCCCCGAUCGGCGCCACCAGCCUUGCUGCCACCGCGCCACCGCCGCCGCUCUUCGCUCGUCACCGGCGCUGCUCUUCGCUGGUGAUUGGUAGUUUAAAAUGGAAGAGGACAAAGAAGAAGUCAAGUCAUUCAAAGAUUUGGGAGUAUGUGACCAAUUGAUAGAGGCUUGUGAUAAUCUAGGCUGGAAACACCCAUCCAAGAUACAGGCUGAAGCUAUUCCUCAUGCACUGGAAGGAAAGGAUUUGAUUGGGCUUGCACAAACAGGAUCUGGUAAAACUGGAGCUUUUGCACUCCCCAUUCUCCAGGCCCUUUUGGAAACUCCUCAAGCAUUUUUCGCUUGUGUGCUCUCCCCAACACGGGAACUUGCAAUCCAGAUUGCUGAACAGUUUGAAGCUUUAGGAUCUGGCAUCGGUGUAAAGUGUGCUGUGCUUGUUGGAGGGGUUGACAAUGUACAACAAAGCAUUGCCCUUGGGAAGCGACCACACAUCGUUGUGGCAACUCCUGGUCGUCUUUUGGAUCAUCUAUCCAACACUAAAGGUUUUUCUCUUCGGACAAUAAAAUUCUUGGUAUUGGAUGAAGCAGAUAGGUUGCUAAAUGAGGAUUUUGAGAAAGCGAUUGAUGAACUUUUGAGUGUUAUUCCCCGCGAACGAAAUACAUAUUUAUAUUCUGCGACUAUGACAAAAAAGGUAAGGAAGCUCCAGAGGGCUUGCCUGAGGAAUCCUGUGAAGAUUGAGGCUGCAUCUAAAUAUUCCACUGUUGAUUCACUGAAGCAGCAGUAUCUCUUUGUCCCUGCGAAGCACAAGAAUUGCUAUCUUGUAUAUAUUCUGAGUGAGAAAUCUGGAAGUACGUCAAUGGUUUUUACUCGAACAUGUGAUUCGACGGGCCUUUUGGCUCAAAUGCUUCGAAACCUUGGUUUAAGGGCCAUCCCUAUUAGUGGUCAUAUGACCCAGGCGAAAAGACUUGGAGCCUUAAACAAGUUCAAGGCUGGAGAGUGUAAUAUCCUUGUCUGCACUGAUGUUGCUAGUAGGGGACUUGAUAUUCCAUCUGUGGAUAUGGUUAUCAAUUAUGAUAUCCCCUCAAACUCAAAGGAUUACAUACAUCGAGUGGGAAGAACCGCUCGGGCAGGACGAUCUGGGGUUGCAAUCUCGAUAGUUAGUCAGUAUGAGUUGGAGUGGUAUAUACAGAUAGAGAAGCUUAUCGGUAAGAAGUUGCCCAUGUUUCCAGCUCAAGAAGAAGAAGUUCUGAUGUUGUUGGAGCGCGUCACAGAGGCCAAAAGAAUAGCGGAUAUGAAAAUUAAAGAAGCUGGUGGCAAGAAGAAAAGAAGGGGAGAAGAUGAUGAAGUGGAAGGAAUUGAAAGAUAUUCACAUGGGAAGUCAUCCAAAAAGUCAAAGAAACGAUGAUGAAAGAGAUUCUCUCUACAAAUUUUGUUUAAUUUUGAAUAUUCUAGUGUUUUAUUAAUCUAGAUGUACUUUUUGUGUGCGUUAAUUUAUUGAUGUUGGAGAUGGAGGGCCAUUUGUGAUACAUUGGGGAGAUGCGGUAUUUAUGUGGGAAUCUUCAUUUAAGAAAUAGUCCUGCUAUGUAGCUCGAAAAAUUAGAGGCUCGAGUGGCCUGAAAAGUCAAAAUGACGUUGGUUUGGCUUCUUUUUUUUUUUUUUUUUCAUAACUCGCAGAAGAAGAAGAAAGAAGAGAAGAGGAGAGGAGUAGAAAGAGAGAAUCAUCAUCAUCAACCAAAAAUCAAGCCCACCCAACACAUCAUCAUCAAUACAUUAUCAUCAUCACACAUAGAGAUCAACCAAAAAUCAAACCCAUCCAACACAUCAUUAUUAUCAACACAUCAUUAUCAUCACACGUAGAGACUUCAUAGAGAGAGCGAGAUACAAAGAACGAGAGAGAGAGAGAUAGAUACAUAGAGAGAGAGAUACAGAUUUAUGUAUACACAGAGGAUGGCGGGCGCCGGUGAUGGUCUGUUCCCCCUCCCUCUUCUCUCUUCCUUCUUGUUCCCUCUUUCUUCUCUCUCUCUCUCUUCCCUUCCCUCUCUCCCUCUGUUUCAGAUAUAAAAGAGGGGAGAAAAAAAAAAAUCCAAAUCGAUGUCGUUUUGGAUUCGGGCCACUUGAGCCACAGAAAUUUCGAGUUCUGAAGCAUUUUUGUUUAAGAAAUAGGUUAAAUUAUAUUUUGCACCCCUGAAAUAUUACGUGUUUUCAAUAUACUCAGACUAUUGAAUUUGUGUGAAUAAUCUAGUUAGCAAUUAGUGUUAAUUUCUAAACAAUCACCAUGUUGUAAUGCACUAUUUAAAGGAAAAAUUACUCAUAAAUUUCAUUU